ACAGAGAGACAGGUGUGUGUGUGUGUGUGUGUAUAAAAGGAGCUACAGAGUGAACUGAAUCAGAACUCAACCUCCCAUAUCGAUCAGAGACGAACUGAGCGGAAUUUGGAGAACAAGGUGUACAUCCCAAGCAGCAUUUUGAAUAUCAACAGCUGGAUCCUGAUCUGGGCGACUGGACUGAGAACAGCCAACAGGAUUUCAUCAUUUGAGUCCUCUGAUUGCCUCAGGCUGCUCAUACUGGUGCUCACUUGGCUUCCUCUGGCAGAUUUGGACCUGCGAGCACUUCACUUCAAGAGCAGAAGACAUACACUUUUACUGCACAGAUUACAAGUCUGAAAUAUGUUCUGAUUAGGCCUAGCUACCUCUUCAGAGGGUAGGUCCUGGUAUCAUCUGAUUGUAUAUUUAGUACUUCUAAAACAAAGUGCAGACUUUGAUGGCUGGGAAUUUUUCCAAACGCCAUAAAUGGCUGGCUGAUGCUGUUAAAGCAAAAAGAAGACCACCAAAACCUGAGACAGGGCCACUCCCUGUUUAUACAGUUUCCCUGAAGGAAGAACCAAUCAAUGUAGAUGGGUUCAAACGUUUCAGUUUUGGGAAAGAGUCCAAACCUGGUACAUCUAAUCGCACGAUAAUGGUCCUCGGAGCGACUGGGGCUGGGAAGUCAACUCUCAUCAAUGGGAUGAUCAAUUACAUCCUAGGUGUUAAAUGGGAGGAUUCAUAUCGGUUUAAGUUAGUUGAUGAGGGUCAGGGGAAAUCACAAGCUGAAAGCCAGACCUCUGAAGUCACUGUGUACAAGAUCAACCACCAGGAUGGUUUUGAAAUAGAUUGCUCACUGACCAUUGUGGACACUCCAGGCUUUGGAGAUACAAGAGGCAUAGCAAGAGACAGAGAGAUCACAGAACAGCUACGUAAUCUCUUCUCUGCUGAGCACGGCGUCAGUGACAUUGACGCUGUGUGUUUCGUAGCUCCGGCUGCUUUAGCACGACUCACACCAUCACAGACAUGUGUGUUUGAUUCUAUGCUCUCGAUCUUUGGCAAAGAUGUGGCGGAAAACAUCCGGAUUCUGGUGACAUUUGCAGACGGCCAGCAGCCAGCAGUUCUACAGGCAAUCAAUGCUUCAGGUGUCCCAUGUCCUAAAACAAAGAACGGGCUGCCAAUUCACUUCAAAUUCAACAAUUCAGCGUUGUUUGCAGACAGCAUGAGUGAUGAAGAUGAAGGAGGAGAAUUUGAUAAGAUGUUUUGGGACAUGGGGACAAAAAGCAUGAAGAGGUUCUUUGUUGCUUUGAAUGUCAUAGAAACCAAAAGCUUGACAAUGACAAAGGAGGUCCUCAGAGAAAGAAAGCAGCUUGAGAAUACAUAUGAGAACUUGCAGAGGCAGGUUAAAGUUGGGUUAGCCAAGCUUGAGGAGCUAAAACAGACAGCUGCGAUACUUAAAGAUCAUGAGGCAGAGAUCAGCAGAAAUGCGGACUUUGAGAUCGAAGUCAUUGCCAGAGAGUGUUUUGAAGAAGAUAUUUCUGGUACAGCAAUUUUUGUCACCAAUAUUCUGACGUUCCACUUCACCUGCGACAAGAAUUGUUCCUAUGCAAAUGAUACAGAUAAAAAACGCUGCAGUGCAAUGGGAUCAAAUGGAUACUGUGAAGAGUGUCCAGGCAAAUGUUAUCGGAAUGUACAUUUUAAUGAGAAGUACAGAUGGGAAUAUAAGGAUGUUAAAAAAAAAAGAACAGUGGAAGUGUUGAAAGAAAAGGACCUGAAAGUCUCAGAGGCUAAGGUACCUGUUCAGGCGGUGGUUGUAGAACUGAAGGCUGAAUCCAAACGUGUGGAGGAUAAGGUAGUGAAACUGAUGGAGAGCUCUGCUAAGUGCUUAAACAGACUUAAAGAGAUAGCACUGAAGCCGAAUCCUCUCUCUAUUCCAAAGUACAUUGACAUGCUGAUUGAGGAAGAGAAAUCUGAGGCUAAGCCUGGCUGGAAGCAACGAGUUGACUACCUGAUAGCCAUGAGAGAAAACGCAGAGAACGCAGAGAUCAGGUCUAAAGUAGGCAAAGGAGAGAAACUCCUCAACCGUCAAGAAUCUCAAAUUUAGGGCAAAAAUCAAGACCAGUGCCAACCAAAACCAUGAUGAGACCAAAGAGGAUUCCAUCAAGACCAAGACGAGACCUAUUCUGACAUGUAAAUAAAAAUAACUGGAAAGGAUUGUGAGUGACACUGAUCAAGGCCCAGAAGGGACCAAGACUUUUUAAUGGCUAUAGCCAAGACAACAGAGUUACGACGACACAAGUACCCACACUCCUGUAGUUGAAAUAAAAUCAUUAAAUCUAUGCAAGAACAACACAAAACGUCAAAUUAGUUUUUACUUUACUUAAAGCAAACAAUGACCACUUAGUGUGACUCAUAAUCACGCUAUAACAGUCAUUAUAAAGCAUGACAAAAAGAUAAUGCAUUACAACAAUGGGAAUUAUAACACACUAUGUUCCUUGCAAAAAAAAUUCAAUGAGUAACCAGCAAUUAUGAAACUUGACCUUAGAAGUCAUUAUAAAAUGCUUUGUGUUUAUAACUAUAAUUAUACAGUGCUAGUAAC